AUGACACCAUCAUCGUCGUCGAAUUCGUUUAAUGAUGAAUCAAAACACCGGACUCGUUCACUCGAUCUGUAUCCGCUCAGUGAUUGCACGAGUUUUCGAGUUGAAGGGGUUGAAGGUGAAUUGGAUCGAAUUUGCCGAUCUUUAGGGCUUUCCGGACCUGAUGAUUUUACUAUUCCGGUUUCUGUUUGGGAGGCUCACAAAGCUCGUUCGCCUUCGGAUCAUUUUCCGAGUUCCAGGUUUCGAAGUAGUUGCAAUUCGGAGAAAUUAAAAUCGCCGGAGGGUGUAUUGUUGGAUAGUUUUGAAGCUAGGGUUAGUAUUAGUAAUGAACUCAAGGGUGAGAACGAGUACUCUCACUCUGAGGAUGGUCUGAAUUCAGAUAAGGAUGAAGCUAGGGUUAAGGUAAUGGAUAGAGUUAAACACGCGGAUGAUAAGUAUAGACAGUUUAAUGUUUUUGCAAAUUCGGUUAGGACGAGAACGUCUGUGUAUGGUGGUAGUGGAAUUAAGGGGGCUAGGCCACCAGUACUUGCUCCUCCCCCGGUUGUGUUGCGGUCUGUUACCGAUAAUGUAUGCUCAACUUGGGAUCUAUGUAGGUCUUUUGGUCCAGGAGAUGAUGAAGGUUUGAGUUCACCUGUGUCUGUAGGGUUCGUUUGUACUUUAAACGAAGGAGAAGAAAACGAGGACGUCGAUAGAAGAAUUGUUGACAAACAAGAGCCGACAGAAGUAACGUUGAGAGAUACGGCAAUUCCUUCAGAAACCUGUUCGGAUACAUCGAACGAUGAAAAUGAUGAUGAUUCCUUUAGUGUGACCGUGGAACCUGUGUAUUUCACUUUACCUAAUGGGAAAUUCAGGCGCAGUAUCAAUUCUUGGCAGAAGGGCGACUUUCUGGGAAGUGGGUCGUUCGGAACUGUGUAUGAAGGCUUCACCGAGUAA